UCCAGACAAGAACCAGGUGUCCACCCUUCCCGGCGACAACAACGCGCCGCACACCGUACUCCUGUUCCGCGCCACCGCCGUCCAUCCCCCGCCGCCUCUCAAGCUGACUCCAAACACCACGCCGGCGACAUGCCGCCCAAAGAGCUGCCUGGGUUCUACUACGACCCGGACAAGAACCGCUACUUUCCCACCAAGGGCCGCAUCCCCGGCGCCGCCAACCGCCCUCCUCGCCCUCCGCCGCCGCCCGCUGAGCCCUCGCCUCCUCCCACAGAACGCAGGAAAAGGACGAGGCAGUCCGAGCUGCUGCAUGCCAGAGAGAUGUACGGCGGUGGUGUGAUAUUCUCCAAGAACAACAAGUCCACCUUCAAGCAGCAGUGCCAGUACACACAGGCGUCGCAGCCCAUGGUUUGGAAGUACCAAGGCACAACCUUAGUGGCUGAUAAGGCACUGGAGGAACUGCACGCCAUGGUUCAGACACCGAGUGGGCUGCGUGAGUCCAAGCUAUUAGCGACCGGCAGCACGAAUGGUUCAAUCAGAUUAUUUGGGUUGGGAACUGCUCUAGAGAAUUUUGAGGAUGAGAUGGAGUUUUUACCUCAGCCUGUUUGGACUCCCUUGGGAAAGCAGAAAGCAGCAGUGAAUUCUCCACUUGCAAAUAUCUGGUCAUCUGAAACAGCUUUCUCAAACUUCUCAUCCAGUAUAUCUUGCAUAAAAAAGUUUGGGCACAACUUCCAUGAUGCAGCCAGCGCCAACUCAUCGGUUCAGCGAGCAUUGGUGGCUACUCUUGGAUCUGGAGGAUCCGGUGGUUCUGUUUAUAUUAUGGAUAUGUCAACUAUCGACUCUGCAACGGUUUCACGGAAUGCCCAUGAAAGAAUUGAAAGAGUUGCUUCAUUUGAUCGUACAGUAUGGACUGCUGAUUGUAAUUCUGAUGGCACACAAGUAGUUCUAGGUACAAACACUGGCGCUGGUUUGCUUAAUUUGGAGACGGGGACAUUAUCAUGGCUGUAUCGUUGUAAAAGUGACAUUCUCUCCCAGCAAUUUGUGCACUCGGGAAAUGUGGUGCUAUGUGGACUACGGAAUGGGAGCAUAGUCCCUGUUGAUGUGCGGGAAAGGCACAGUAAUCAACCUACUGGUCGAUCUUCACCUAGCACUGCUAGGGGGACAGUUCCCAUGCUGUCUGCAAGGCAUAAUGCCAGAGGGAGAAACCAGGCUGAUAAGGCAAAAUCAUCUAGGGUUAUCUCUAUGCCUUCAGCAGUUUGCAGCCUGGUUUCUCUGUCAUCGGAUGAACACUACUUCUUAGGGAGUUCCAUGGAUGGAUCGAUCAAGCUAUUUGAUCUCCGUCUCAUUCAGAAGGGGGCUAUACAGUCUUAUGCAGGGCAUGUGAAUUCACACAAUAAUUUACCACUUGUUGUUGAUCCAUCUGAAACCCUACUUAUGUCAGGUGGGGAGGACUGUACCGUCCGUAUUUGGAGCAUCAAAACAGGCGAGCAAAUAUUUGCGAAGAGCGUGGCUGACACUCUCUUCACUGCACUUUGCUGGCCAGAAAGCAACCUUGACUUGGAUGGUUCUUCUUCGCUGUUUGAUCUAAACCACAGUUGGGGGGCUUGGAUGGGAUCACGUGAUGGCCUGUUCUACAUGCAUGGUACUUAAACUGGCUGUGCACUGAUACAAACUCUGGAGCGGACGGAUGCAAUUACUGCUUUUUCUUCGGGAAGAUGCAUCGAAGACGAUUGAUCCUGUUGGUUGGUUCACCGAAAAGUGUGCUCAAGCUGGUGUCGCUGGAGGGAUCUCAGCGGUCGUAGUUGAUCCUGUUGGUUCUGGAAGCGAGGGUUAGUUAUAUGGGAUCUGCUCCUCUUAGAGUAAUAGUGAUGAUGAUCAUGUUGUUUCUCUUAGUGAUAGGUAAGUCACCUGUCUAGUUUGGUAUCUGAGUUACCUUAGGAAAGCAGACAAUAUUGUAUCAUAUGCUUUUUUAGCAUCGCUAGUUAGUCAGCAAUGUGAUAUUUUCUGCAAUAUUAGCAAACAUACAUAUUUCUGAACUCUGUUUGUAUUCUAGCAUCAUAUAUUCAUAAUAGCAAACACUGCUUCGGAGGUAU